AUUGAUUUGAAAUAGGGGGAUUUGAAGAAUCGUUAACGGCAUGUAAAGGAAUAAAACGGGACCUUACAGAAGAUUAAAAAGGGAUUCGACAAACAGUAUUCCAAUUUGCUUAUUCUGUUGACAUUGUUGAAUUAUCAGAGAAGAAAAUAAGUUUAUUAACUAGAAGAAGAGGAAUAGAUGUGUUGUGUUUCUUUCCAAUGGUGUACAGCUCUGGCGACUUGUGGACUGAAGUGGUGUACUUUACCCAUGGAAUUAAAAAGCAGUUUUCCAACCCUAUGAAAAGGCAGAUUCCAUUACUAUUGAUUAAAUAUUCAUCAUUGAAAAACCACAGGUUUGAAAGGAUCGAUUUUAAACAAUGAAGAAAAGCUUGGAGAAAAGUGAAAUAAGUCUGGAUUUAUCCAAGCUCAGUGACAGGAGUGACGAUAUUUUGAGGUAUCCCCGGAAUCGCUGGCCUCGCGAUUACUCUCUAUCACGAUCGUCGUCUGCCACGAGACGAUCAUCUUCUGCUUACAGUGCCAGCAGACGAGAUCAUCAUCUGGCUUCAAUUUUGGAGGACAAAAAAUUGGGAGCACUUCCUUUGGUAAAAUCUCCUGCUAACAGUCCUACUGGAUUUUGUUUCACGACGAUACGAGCUCCAACCAGAUUAACCAAAAGUGCCAUGUCGGAUCUGAGUUCUGUUCCCAGUUGUCAACAGAACACAAAGCAAAUGAUCCAUAGUUUAUACGAAAUUUGGAUCCCGCAACUGAGUUUGAAUUAUAGACCUUUCGUCCAUUACGUGCAUCCUAGAAGUCGAUCGACGUCUGUCAGUUCCGAACAAUCGACAGGAUCUAGAAAGUCUUCGGAGCGAAUGAAGGCGGUGGAAUCGGUCAUUGAAUUGUGUAAUUUCAAUAUGUCUCGUCGUCGAAGCAGUGUAGUAAGUGGAGUGAAAUGAAAGUAACAUUUUAUGGUAUUGGUAAACCUUAUAUUUACGUUUUUACUUACUGUUCCCAUUAAAGUGAACCUAUACAUAUAAGAACCGCAUCGUUUGAUGUUAAAGGAAUUGUAUAUAUGUAAACUCAGAAGUGUACAUUUGUACGAAUUUUAGACACUUACAUAUAAAUGAGCAAUUGUUAAAAGUUUGAAAAUUUAAAAUAUCAACGUUUCAGGAA